AUGGGAAAUACUAACUCAAAUAAAAUAUUAUCAUCCAGUAUUAAUGAUAUAACAUCUAAUUUACAAUCUACAGUGAUCAAUGAUUGUGUUCGUAUAAGCACAGAUCAUCCGGAUGGUUUCUAUUUUAGUGGUAGUAGCAUUAUUGGUACUGUAGAAAUUCCAAAUACACUGAUGAAUACGAAUAAUCGAGCAAUAUCAUGUGUUAACAAAUUAAAUAGAACAAAAUUAUUAAUUGAAUUAGUUGGUAAUGCUGUUUAUUCGGCUGAAGUUGAUACUGGUGCCGAUAGUGAUGGUCAUGCUUUACACGAUGUUAAUGUUUGUCGUCGUCAAUAUAUGGUUGUACUAGAAUCAAAUCAACAAGAAGAAGAAACAAAUUUAGAUACGACAAUUGAAAAUUGCACAUCAAUAAUUAACAAUGGAAAUGAUAAUAACCAUGACUCAGUUCAACAAAUGAUAACAGGUAAAUUUACUGUUGAUAUUCCCGAUUAUUUACCACCCUCAUUAAAUCAACAAAAUUAUCCACAUAUUGUCUAUUACCUUGAAUUAAUAUUAUUGGGAAAUAGUGGAUCAAAUUGGCGUGGAACAGAUUUACGUUAUCAAAUUCCGCUGAUCAUUAGUUCGUUAGGACCGCGUAUACCAUCAGUAAUUGAUCGUAAUGAUUUAUUUCGAAGUAAUGUUAAUAGGCAUGAUAUACAAGUGUCCGUAAACUUAACUUAUAGCUAUUUUCAUCCUGGUGAUUCAAUUCCAAUUCGUGUUGCCUAUAAAAAUCCACAACGUCGUCAUAUUCGCUCUAUUAAUUUACAACUAAUGCAAUAUUUUCUUGUGGCAAAUGAUAUUGGUGAAAAGUGCCUAGAAGGAAAAGAGUGGAUAUUUGAUACGGAUGCAAACACAUCAUGGAGUGGAAACGAACAAUUACAUUUACCUGAUAAUUAUACACCCGCAUCAUACUUAAAAACAACAGUUGGCACCACUACUUUGAUACAAUGUGAAGUUGGCUAUCAUAUUGUUGUUGUAUUGAAAGAAAAAGGAUUGUUAUCUGAAGAUAUACGUGUCAUUGUACCGAUUGAAGUUACUUAUCAAAAAUCAUAG